AUGGUUGCCAAGGGAGACGUGAUGGGCGCCUAUUGCUUUGUCACAUUUUUCGGUGCUUCCAUCCUAUUCGGAGUGAAGCACCUGCUCCUCCGAGACGCUACCUUCAGCCGAUUAAGCAAAGCCGCCGACUACGUUCCAACUGUCGAGAUUGCUGCAUGGGUCUUGACUUGGUACGGCGUGAGCGUCUCCAUGGUCAUGGCCAACCGCUGGCUGUUCUAUGAAUGGCAAGGCGUGGGGUUUCCUUUUCCUGUGCUCACGACGAUGGUUCACAUGUGGUUGAAGGUUUUGGUGACAAGGGUGAUGUAUUGUUUCAAGGGACAGAAGCCGCCGCAUCUGGACGUGUCUGUGAACCUGCGGGCGGUUAUCCCCAUUGGAUUGGCGACGGCAGGAGACAUCCUUCUGUCGAACCUUUCCUUCAUGGUAGCGACGGUGGCGUUCUACACCAUCGUCAAGUCUGGCUCGCUAAUUUGGAUUCUACUAUGGGCGGUGGUGUUCAGAUUCGAAGCGUUGACGCCCAAGAUGGUGUUUGUGGUGCUUAUAACUAGCCUGGGGCUGUUUAUGGCGAGCUUGGGGGAGACGGACUUUUCCACCGAGGGGCUCCUCCUGAUCCUGGGCGCUUCCUGCUUGUCAGGGCUGAGGUGGGGUUUAUUGCAACUCCUCCAAGCCAUAGAGCCGAGCUGUCACGACCCUUUGUUGGUCAUCUACUACAUCGCUCCAUCGAGCGCGAUAGCGAUGACCCCGAUGGCUUUGCUGGAUAUACUGGAUGAAAACCUGAAGGGCGCGGCCGUGACUCCCGGGUCGAUUGCACAGGUGGCGGCGGUGAUCCUCGGGACCGGGUUGUUUUCGUUCGCGCUUAUUUUCGCGGAGGUGAAGCUGCUAGCGAUCACGAGUAGCUUGACGAUGGGCGUGUUCGGAACGGUAAAGGAGAUUGUGCAGAUAGUCCUCGCGGUGCUGGUGUUUAACGAACAAGUUACGUGGUUCAAUUUGGUGGGGCUCGGUUGGGCGAUUGUUGGGAGCAUGCUGUACAAGAUUUCUCGUGCGAAGCCAAGUGCCCGCAACGGGGAAGGGGGGGGCGCCAAGGACGCGAGGCGACCGGCGCACAAUGGACAAGGGGACGAAAAGGCCAACGCCGGAGUUAACAUGCCCUAUUCGGCGGUUUCGCAGCAAGAGGUGGACGAAGAACUCCGAGUGUUCAAGUACGAAAACACGGAGUGGGAAUUGGAAGGGGAGUUGGAGGAGUUCAGCUCGUUUGACGGCGGCGGGAGAUGACACCACGAGCAGCGACAUAUCCACUUUAUUUGUUGGUGCCCACGUCGCUUUUCCGCGGCGUUAGACGUUACCCCCCUGCCGCACGUCGGGGUUUGAUUGUUCACGGGACCCGUUGGACAGGACUCCGGGCGCCGGGGCAAUGUGUUGGUGGAAAUAGCGAACCGGCAGUGCGUGGCUGCGGUGUCUAAAGGAGGCUGGGCGUGUAUGAUUUUGGUGCGGAGCUAUUCCUUGGUCAGGGUAAGCGUGCGGUCGUUCUCUAGGCAAAGGCUCCACCUCGCUUUUUGUCAACACCCCUUCCUUCCAUUUUUUGUCUACUCUUCGCGAUUUUUUUUGUUUUUUUUGCGUUUUGGUGGUAUCUCUGCGUAACUCAUUCUGUUGACAAGGUCCCUCAAUAGUGCAGCAUAGACGCGAGAAAAGGGGACCCUCCUUUUUCGGGAUCCGGUGCCAUUCGGGGUGGGGAGUACAUAAGGCUUUAGUCGAUGGUCGCCAUAUCCCGUGCCAGGGGGCUUCGACAGCAAUAUAUCGGUCCCUGUACUCUUUUCGAGACCCCACUACUGCAUUCAUGCCGUGAUCCGUUGCGAAAUCGAGGGCGCUUUCCUCGGAAGGUUGUAUAGAUGUUGUUGUUCGUGGUGCCUCGUGGGAAGGCUGUGUCUGCUUGUGUAGAAUUAAGUGUAGCUGGAUACGGUUUCUGUUGGUGAGGUGGGUGUUCGUUGUCGUAUUCGCCUAGAGAGAUGUUCGGGCGGAUCAUUGUAGGGUGUUCGACUAUUACUAUCUACGCUGUCGUGUCGCUUGUUUGCUCUCGGCGGGAUAUACUUUUUCACGGCUAGAUUUCUUAGCAAGACUGACGAAAAAUAGAGCAUGUUAUGCAUACCUUACCGUACCGUGUGCAUGUAGCAUACGUGAGACAUUUCUUUCUUGGGUCGCCUUGUCUGAAGGGAGGUCGUUUAGUCGAAGAGAUUCCCUGUGUCUUUGGUCGUUGCAUCGUGCUUUGCACUUGUGCGGAUGGGUUGCUGAGGUUAGGGCUUUCUUGAGGGCGUGUGGCGCGUACGUCGAGAGGCAAAAGAUACGGCAGACUCUCC